UAGCAUAGUCUCCUCCCCUCCCGGAGCGGCGCUGCCCAGAAACCCGGGCGGAGGCCCGCUGGGCUCACCCUGGACUCCGGCUGGGAUCGUGGCUCCUGGCUCCGGCCCUCCCACGUCCGGUCCCCGUUCCCGUUCCCGCCCCGCCGGCCUCCCCCGGCCGCCGCCAUCCGCUGCCGGUUGUGAAUGAAAGGGAGGCGCCGCCGGGGGCUGGCUGCAGGCGACGCGGCCUCGCGGGAGGCGCUUGCCCCGCGGAGAUGUACGGUGUGUGUGGCUGCUGCGGUGCCCUACGCCCCAGGUACAAAAGGCUGGUUGACAACAUCUUCCCCGAGGAUCCUGAGGACGGCCUGGUGAAGACAAACAUGGAGAAGCUGACCUUCUAUGCCCUCUCAGCUCCGGAAAAGCUGGAUCGGAUUGGCGCCUACCUCUCUGAGAGGCUCAUCCGUGACGUGGGUCGUCAUCGAUAUGGGUAUGUGUGCAUCGCCAUGGAGGCGCUGGACCAGCUGCUCAUGGCCUGCCACUGCCAGAGCAUCAACCUCUUCGUGGAGAGUUUCCUCAAGAUGGUGGCCAAGCUGCUGGAGUCAGAGAAGCCCAACCUGCAGAUCCUCGGCACCAACUCGUUUGUGAAGUUUGCCAACAUUGAGGAGGACACCCCGUCCUAUCAUCGGAGCUAUGACUUCUUUGUGUCCCGCUUCAGUGAAAUGUGCCACUCCAGCCACGACGACCUGGAAAUCAAGACCAAAAUCCGAAUGUCGGGUAUCAAAGGUCUGCAAGGGGUGGUGAGGAAGACGGUGAAUGAUGAAUUACAGGCCAAUAUCUGGGAUCCACAGCAUAUGGACAAGAUUGUUCCGUCACUGCUUUUCAACCUGCAGCAUGUAGAGGAGGCAGAGAGCCGGUCCCCCUCACCCCUCCAAGCUCCAGAGAAGGAAAAGGAAAACCCAGCAGAGCUGGCUGAGAGGUGUCUUCGGGAACUGCUGGGCCGGGCUGCCUUUGGCAACAUCAAAAACGCCAUCAAGCCGGUUCUCAUCCAUCUGGAUAACCAUUCUCUUUGGGAACCAAAGGUGUUUGCCGUCCGUUGCUUUAAAAUCAUCAUGUACUCAAUUCAGCCGCAGCACUCGCACCUGGUAAUCCAGCAGCUCCUGAGCCACCUGGAUGCUAACAGCCGUAGCGCGGCCACAGUGCGGGCCGGCAUCGUGGAGGUCUUGUCCGAAGCCGCAGUGAUCGCCGCCACCGGCUCCGUGGGGCCCACGGUGCUGGAGAUGUUUAACACUCUGCUGAGGCAGCUGCGGCUCAGCAUCGACUACGCCUUGACCGGGAGCUACGACGGGGCCAUCAGCCUGGGCACGAAGAUCAUCAAGGAACACGAAGAGCGCAUGUUCCAGGAGGCCGUCAUCAAGACCAUAGGCUCCUUUGCCAGCACGUUGCCCACUUACCAGCGCUCCGAGGUGAUCCUUUUCAUUAUGAGCAAGGUCCCACUGCCUUCCCUGCAUCAGCCCAUGGAGACCGGGAAGACAGGGGAGAAUAGGAACCGGCUGACCCAGAUUAUGCUGCUGAAAUCCCUCCUUCAGGUGUCCACAGGUUUCCAGUGCAACAACAUGAUGUCAGCACUUCCCAGCAACUUCCUUGACCGUCUCCUCUCCACUGCCCUCAUGGAGGAUGCAGAGAUCCGUCUCUUCGUUCUAGAGAUUCUCAUCAGUUUCAUUGAUCGUCAUGGCAACCGCCACAAGUUCUCUUCCAUCAGUACCCUCAGUGACAUCUCUGUCCUGAAGCUGAAAGUGGACAAGUGCUCCCGACAGGACACCGUCUUCAUGAAGAAGCACUCCCAGCAGCUCUACAGACACAUCUACCUGAGCUGUAAGGAGGAAACGAACAUACAGAAGCAUUACGAGGCGCUCUAUAGCUUGCUGGCGCUCGUCAGCAUCGAGCUGGCCAACGAGGAGGUGGUGGUGGACCUCAUCCGCCUGGUGCUGGCUGUUCAGGACCUGGCCCAGGUUAAUGAAGAGAGCUUGCCUGUGUACAACCGCUGUGCUCUCUACGCCCUGGGCGCGGCCUACCUGAACCUCAUCAGCCAGCUCACCACGGUGCCCGCCUUCUGCCAGCACAUCCAUGAGGUGAUAGAGACCAGGAAGAAAGAGGCUCCAUACAUGCUCCCUGAGGACGUGUUUGUGGAGAGGCCCAGGCUGUCUCAGAAUCUUGAUGAAGUAGUGAUCGAGUUCCUCUUCCGCCAGAGCAAAAUCAGUGAGGUCCUGGGGGGCAGUGGCUACAAUGCAGACAGGCUCUGUCUGCCCUACAUCCCUCAGCUGACAGAUGAGGAUCGCUUAUCCAAGAGGAAGAGCAUUGGAGAAACCAUUUCCCUGCAGGUGGAGGUGGAAUCCAGGAACAGCCCAGAGAAGGAGGAGCGAGUGCCUGCUGAGGAGAUCACCUAUGAGACUCUAAAGAAGGCCAUUGUGGACAGUGUGGCCGUCGAGGAGCAGGAGCGUGAACGGCGGCGGCAGGUGGUGGAGAAGUUCCAGAAGGCACCCUUCGAGGAGAUUGCAGCACACUGCGGCGCCCGGGCAUCACUGCUGCAGAGCAAACUCAAUCAGAUCUUUGAAAUCACCAUCCGGCCGCCGCCAAGCCCAUCAGGAACCAUCACCGCAGCCUACGGCCAGCCUCAGAACCACUCCAUCCCCGUCUACGAGAUGAAGUUUCCGGAUCUGUGUGUAUACUGAACUCCAAAGGUGGAGCUCCUUAGAGGGGUAGGGUCUGAGAGAUGGGCUCGCCCUCACUCCCACCCCUACUAUGUGGAAAUCUAACUGGGAUCUCAGAAAAGGUCACCGUAGAUGGCAGCAUCUCCCCAGCUAACCAGGGGGGAACCCCAGGUCCUUACGCUUCCCUCUUGUCCUCCCUGGGGUGACCAGCCACCUGCUCCCCUGGGACCAAUAAGCCUCUAACUUGCACCCUUUGUCUCCUCCUUUGUGUCAGCCAGGGACCAACAAUAGUGGGGGUCUCCAGAUAAAGGCUGAGAUCCUCAGAAGCUCCUACUUGGUGUAAUAAGUGAAAGACUUUCAUGGGGGUGGACCUGGGGGGGGGCACAGCUGCCAUUGCCCCAGGAGGGAACUAGUUGGAGACACAGUUGGUCAAAGGAAGCCGUAGAAUCUAAAUAUUGUGUUUGUUUUGGAACAUCUGCAUUAAAGAUCCUGACAAACACACACACAAAAAAAAAAAAAAAAAAAAGGAAGCCGUAGAGUGCAAUAGGGAGGAGGCAGUGGCUGCGAAAGCUGGGAGAUGGAUGGAGCGGCUGCUCCUCUAGACCAUCCUCUCCUCUGGUGUGCAGGCCCUCACGUCUCCAGUGUCUCUUCCAAUCUCCUGCUUACCCUGCCAGUUGUCUCUUUAUGGUUUUUAAUAUUAUUAAUUAGUACUGAGCCCUUGUAACAUGAGGUGGGGUAGAGACACCAUGGGGGGCAGCAAAGGAUGAAGUGAAGGGCAGGCAGCUGCUGAUGGCGGGGGCUGGCUCUCCCCAGGCUGGGCCUGCCUCCUGUGGAGGAGCGGCAGGCAGAAGUGGGCAAGUCCAGGUCCCUCUGUACCAUCUUCUCACCUCCUUGGUUCAGAGGGAGCUUGUGUGGCCCUCCCAUAGUUCUCUCCCUUCUGGAUGUUUCUCUGAAUGGAGCUCUCUCUUUGAUGCCUGAGGAUCUCAAUGUGUUUUUACAGUCUCUGGGUUGAGGGAGGGCAGAACUAGAUAAUCUGGUUCUAGACGACCCAAAUGGAGGAGGAACUGCAGGGGCCCCAGGCCUGCACACAUCACCGCCUGGCCUGGCUGGGCUGGGCUGGAGGGGGUUGCUGGGAAGGGAUGGUAGUGGGGGGAGGAGAACUUUGGUGCUCGAAGAUGUCAGAAGUCAACCUUUUGGAUGUUUUGUUCGAGGAAAGAAGGAUCCAGCGCUUGAUAAUGGAAUGAUUUCUUCACACUUUGACAAAGUCUGAACAUCAGUGCCAACUGGCAAAGCUUGAGGCGUGGGGAGAGUAGGGAGACCCCUUUGGGUUCUACAUUUCCCGAGUCCUGUCUACCUGUCUGCAUGUAGAGGGGGAUCCAAGAGGCCGUUUGCUGUGCACUCCGCUUCCCCCUCUCACCCCCCUGCUUUGUGCCUGCAGAGCAACUGACAGAACCUUACCUGCGCCUCCUCCUGGGGCAGCACCUAUGGCCCCACAUCACUCUUUCCUUCUCUUCCAGUGAGACUUCCUAGAACUUAUCUGAGCUGAUAAAGUUCACAGUGAGGUGUGAAUGGCCGAAUGAUUUUUCCCUAGAGAAUUUGUUUUACCAAAAGAGGGAGGAUGAGUAGAUUUCUGGACCCAAAGGAAUCCCUUUUAGGGUACAAGUUUAGGUAGUAUGGGGUGAUGUCAGAACAGGCUGUUUCUGCUAAGGGGAUGGCAGGCUUGUGGGGACACCUUGGGUCACACCCCCGCAUGACCCUGCACAAGUGCUCAGUGAGAGCCUAGUUAUGAGGACAGACAGGUGUAUUUUCCCAAACCAGGAGAACCUUAAUAUAUGCGUUUCCCGUUACGUGUGCAGUGAUGUCUUGGGGAGGGGCUGUCUGACCCUUGUCCCUGUAGUUUUCCCCUUAGUGGCUGCCUCUAUGCUGCGGGCCUGUAGCUUCUGGAUGGCCUGCAUGGUUCUAGGGCCCAGAGGCCCGACUCCCACCCCUCCCCAGGGCGUUUGGCUAAUGCUCAACCCAACAUUACAAGCAUGAACUGAGAUUUCUCCUUACUUUAGUAUCUCUUUGUUAAGAAACCGUUUCAAUGACUUGAAACAAACUUGAAGGCAAGUAGCCUUGGGAAGAAAUGUCACAGGACAUCUGAACCUUGAGCCACAAAUAUGUCUUUCCUCACAGGAUCUUCUCAUCUGUAGCUCCUGCUCAGCUUCGAUGAGAAACCCCAUUUCUCUCUUGUGCCUCUUUGACUUCAGGGUUCAGCUCCAUGGCGACUGCACCCUGAGCAUUGUCCUGGGGGGCCUGGUUCUGGGAUGUGGGAGUUGUGGCUCUGGAGCCUCUUUCCAGAGCCAGCUCUAGAGCCAGCAACUUAUAGGUCCACUCAGAUGUCUCUCCCUUAUGCCCACCCUGAGAACGGUGAGGAAAAACGUACAGGAUUCCCAUGUUCGUGCACUCUGUUGUUCUUCCUUCUGUAUCUGCCCAAAGGAGCUUUUUCUUUACAGCACAGCUACGUAGCAAAGACAUGUUUCUCUUGGAGAACUGGCCUUUUUUUUUUUCUUUUUUUUUUUUUGAGUGCCCUCUUCUCAAUUUCAACUUAAAUGUAUGUUCAGUAGAAUAUUAGAUUAGCUGCUGACAGGAAGUAGAACCUGUAUUCUGGCCAAAUAUGCCCCAGAAUCAGAAAGUUUAAGGUAAGUGUUAACUCAAACAGACAAUGCAAUGUUAAAUUAAGCAGUCUCCUUCACCCCCACCCCCUGCCCCACCACAAGUCCUGGGAAGAGAGACAAAGCAGAGUUUGGAGGGUGCCCAGGCCCUUGGCUUAGCAUCACUGCUUCCUGCCUUCUGAGCCCUGUAGCAUCUGACAGCACUGUGUCUUGUGACUGACCCUCUUUGCUACUCUUCUCUGUUGUGAUUUUGAGCCAGCAAACCCAUCCAGCCCAGUUGUUCCCAAAGCCAGAGGACCCUUGCUUCAUGGGCAAGGGGUAGGGUUGGUUAGCACUCUGCUGACAGAACUUAAUAGAUGUGAAUGUAUUUGAGAUUUGGAAGUUGUAUUAAUUAGGUUGAGUCAUGUUAGUGCAUAAGGAGCAGGUCAGCAGAAAGCACCAGUGUGAUCCUGGAGGCUCCUCCUGUUUUCCUUGUAAUGGGGUCCCCAGUGCCGUGUGCCUCUUCCCAUUUUCCUCUCAUAAAAGUAGAAAUAAGUGGUUUCUUGACUCCUAAACAUCUCCUCACCCAAGAGAAAGAACCCAAGCCGGGCAGAAGAACUAGGAAAGUCCUCAGAUACUCUCCUCUAUCCAACCCUCUACCUCAUAUACAAGUAUAAACGGAUGAGCAGUGAAAAGGUGGGGCUGGAAGUGACUUCAGUGCUUGAAGAAGCACGAGGAUCAUAUAUGCAUGACAUGACCUUUGCCCAGAGGACAUGUUUCAACUGCCUUAAGAAUGAGAACAGCCUUGGGAUACUUUUGAAUGGCUUCCAGGCUAGAACUCUGGGCUUCUCUGGGGACCCCUGGGUCACUAUACCUUCCAGUUCCUGUUUCAUUGUCCCCAGGCCUUCUGACCUGGAUACAGAGAGUAUCGUUGAGAAGUGAGCCUAAUUUUCCCAAUUCCUCUUCAUGACCAUAAAAUGGCAGUUGGCCGGGGGUGAGGUGGGGGCAGUGGGGGGCUGUGGGAAAAGACUAGUCCCGAGCUGUUGGGCUGCGUACUACGUUUAAGGUGGACAAGGAGAUUAGCGCCUCUGGGUGGACCACUCCUGCUUCCCCUGACCCAUAGACCAUGGCAGGCAGUCAAGCUGAAACGAGACAGUUUAGGGCAGUGUCUUUCUUCUUCAUCCCAUUAACCCUAGAAACCUCCUGGUUAAAUGACCCCUUAUCCCAAAUCUGGCCAUGUCUAAAGACUGCAGAAGAAUGGUCGUCCUGGGCCUGGUCAGCUGGGGAGGUAGGAGAAGACACAGGGGCUGUGACUGGAGCUCUGUGCCUGUUGGGGUCAGAAGGGUUUUCUGUGUUCUCAGCACCAGCCACAUAGACCAGGACUUUUCUCCUUCAGGGGACCUUGGGGCCUCAUCACCUUCCCCUUUUGAGCUCUUCCUCCAUUGCACUUGAUUCUGGUCUGUGGAGUGCAGAGCUGUAAAUCCACAAAUGCUGCAGACAUAAUAACAUGUCUGUAUCCAUUUAGACCUUCAUGACCUGGCUGGGAGUGUGUGUGCCCGUGUGUGUGCAUGUGUGUAAUAUAGUCCAUCGUUGACGAUAUCUGUAUAUAAUAGCUGAUGUAUUUAUAUGGGAGUGCAGAGUUAGUGCCUGUGGAAGUUUUCUGUAAACUCAUUGAGACAAAUUAGUUUUAAGGAAGGGGAAAGAGGAGUGUAGGAAGAAGGACACUUAGCAAGAUCAUUCUUUAGGACUAUUAGGUGUGAUUUCCCAGUGAGUCUUUAUGAUGCCCUUUUCAAAUAAAUGUUAAUGUUGUCACCA